UUGCUGAAACCGCAUUGUUUGUUUCAAAGGAAAAGAACCAAGGCCGAGCCGCGGCGGGACUCGGAGGCGAGCAUUACGGAUACGAGGGACAGGGAUACCCCCUCCGAUGGUUCCCGGACUUAACUUCCUUUUCCCCAGCCGCUGGGUCUGGGAGGGAAGCUGGACGGCGGCCACUGGGAAGCUUUAGUGAACGGGGCCACUGUUUGUUGGCCGCCGUCAGAAAGAAGAUUAUCAACUCCUGAGCAAUCGGUCGCCAUUUAAUUACUAACCGAAUCUGUCAACCGUCUCAUCGGUGACACAAGGUCACUCAAAAUGAGGCGCAAGGGUCGAUGGCAUAGAGUGUCUGCACCAAGAACAUCUACUUCCCCAUGUAGUAUUAAGCACUCACCUACUCGGGAAACUUUGACUUAUGCCCAAGCCCAGAGAAUGGUUGAAAUAGAAAUUGAAGGUCGGCUUCAACGAAUCAGUAUUUUUGAGCCUUUGGACAUCAUUUCAGAGGACGAUCUUACUGCUCAAGAAAUGAGUGAAUGUAACAGCAAUAAAGAAAACAGUGAACAACCACCACAGGCUUGUGCAAGAUCAAAAAGGCCUAAAGCAAGCAAAGGGAAGAAGAAAAGCGAAGUUCUUCCAUCCACAGUUGGACCUGCUACCACCACCACCAGCACACUACCUGAACCCAAAGUCCGUGUUAUAGAAUGUACUCCACCAUCAGCUCCCAACAGACCUGCUACGUAUUACAAAUUUCAGGAAAAAUCUUCCGAAGAGCUUGAUAAGGAAGUAGAAUAUGACAUGGAUGAAGAAGACUAUGCAUGGUUGGAAAUUAUCAACGAGAGGCGGAAAAGUGAUGGCCUUUCUAUAGUGUCUCAAGAUAUAUUUGAAUUUCUUAUGGAUAGGUUUGAAAAGGCCUCUUACUGUGAGAACCAAAAGCAGGGUGAUCAACAGUCAUUAAUUGAUGAGGAUGCAGUGUGUUGCAUAUGUGUGGAUGGGGAAUGUCAAAAUAGCAAUGUUAUCUUGUUUUGUGAUGUGUGUAAUUUAGCUGUGCAUCAGGAGUGCUAUGGUGUGCCAUACAUACCAGAGGGACAGUGGCUCUGCAGACAUUGUCUUCAGGCACGUAAUAUACCUAUUGAUUGCGUGUUGUGUCCAAAUAAGGGAGGUGCCUUUAAAAAAACUGAUGAUGACCGAUGGGGGCAUGUUGUUUGUGCUCUCUGGGUACCAGAAGUUGGAUUUGCAAGUACAGUUUUUAUUGAACCUAUAGAUGGUGUAAAUAACAUUCCCCCAGCACGGUGGAAGCUAACUUGCUACCUCUGCAAGCAAAAGGGUGUUGGUGCCUGCAUCCAGUGCCAUAAAGCAAACUGCUAUGUUGCUUUCCAUGUGACUUGUGCUCAAAAAGCUGGAUUAUACAUGAAAAUGGAACCUGUAAAAGAGGUGAAUGGCAAUGUCACAACAUUCUCUGUAAAAAAGACUGCCUACUGUGAUGCUCAUACGCCUUCAGGGUGUGUUAGGAGACCACUAAAUAUUUAUGAGGAGCCUGAAGUUAAAAAUGGUAUUUGUAGAAAGAAUAAAGACAAAACGCCUCCGUCAACAUCGAAAGUAAAAAAAAAAGCUAAGAAAACAAAGAAAGCUAUAGCUGAAACUUGUACAGUUAUUCCAUCGGUUACAGUACCUGAUAUUCCACCUCAAAGAGUUAACAAAAUUAUGAACCAGGUUACUAUCCAACGUAAAAAGCAGUUUAUUGAAAGAGUUCAUAGCUAUUGGCUGCUAAAAAGACUCUCAAGGAAUGGCAUUCCAUUACUGCGGAGACUUCAGUCCAGCUUACAGUCACAAAGAAAUAUACAGCAGAGGGAAGAUGAUGAAGAAAUAAAGUCUUUAAAAAAAAAAUUAAAGUACUGGCAACGUUUAAGACAUGACCUUGAAAGAGCGAGAUUAUUAAUUGAACUCAUCCGAAAACGGGAAAAAUUAAAGCGUGAGCAGAUUAAAAUUGAGCAAUUUGAGAUGGAGCUUCAGCUGACCCCACUAACAAUACUGCUGCGAUCUUUAAUUGAUCAGCUACAGGAAAAGGAUCCUGCUCGUAUAUUUGCCCAUCCUGUUAAUCUUUCAGAGGUUCCAGAUUAUUUGGAUCACAUUAAACAUCCAAUGGAUUUCUCUACCAUGAAAAAAAGAUUAGAAGAGCAAAAAUACAAGAACCUGAAUGACUUUGAAGCUGACUUCAAUCUCAUUAUUGAAAACUGUAUGAAAUACAAUGCCAAGGAUACAAUGUUUUAUAGGGCAGCAGUACGGUUACGAGAUCAUGGAGGGGUUUUAUUGAGACAGGCAAGGCGAGAAGCUAACACCAUUGGCUAUGACGAUGAAACAGGAACGCAUUUAUCUGAGCCACCAAAAAUUGAGCCUCCACCUCCGUUUACCUGGGAGGAUGUCGAUAAGCUUCUAAAUCCUGAAAAUCGAACACACAUGGCCUUGGAAGAACAGCUGAAAGAGCUACUGGAAAAACUAGAUUUAACAUUUGCAAUGAAAUCAAGUGGAUCCAGGAGUAAGCGAUUAAAGCUCUUAAAAAGAGAGAUACAGCAAGUACGUCUACAGCUGUCUCAGCAACAUGUCCAACCUCCUCAGAUAGAAUCUGGGAUUGGCAGUUUUGAAGAAGAAAAUGGAUCUCUCCUAGACCAUGAUGGAGAAGAAGAUGGAGAUAAAUCUCCCCCUAAACUUGAACCAUCUGAUGCAUUACCUCUACCUUCAAACUCGGAGAAUAAUUCAGAACCACCAACCCUCAAACCAAUAGAACUCAAUCCAGAGCAAAAUAAACUUUACAAAAAAGUCACAUUUGAUAAUGAAUUACAUAGCACUUCUGUUCAGAAUGAAUUGGUAAAUGGACAUACUCCUGAACACUUACUUAAGGACAGUAAAUUCACUGAAUCGUCAGAUUCUGAAGUAGCGGAAUCAUCAGCUGAUAUAAACAGACGUACAUCCUUUCUUUUCCGCAAAUCAAAAAGUGUAAGCCCCCAAAAGCCUGAAAAGAAUACUGAAAUUCAGCCACCUUCUCCACAGCUAGGGACCAAAACCUUUUUGUCUGUAGUCAUUCCAAGGUUGGAAACGCUACUACAACCACGAAAAAGAUCGAGAAGCACGUGUGCAGAAUCUGAGGUGGAUGGGGAAUCCCCCGUGAAACGCUUUGAUAAAGGUCUCUCAAAUGGCUAUGCUGAAGGGGACAAGGCAAAAGAAUUCAGUGUGAUGCCAAGUCGUAAGGUGGAGCCUCGCAGGCGAUGUGCUUCAGAGUCUAGUAUUUCUUCAAAUAACAGCUUAUUGUGCAACUCAAGUUUUACGUUGCCAAAGUGCGGUAAAGGUAAACCUGCUCUUAUUCGGCGCCAUACCAUAGAGGACAGAAGUGAAUUUAUAUCUUGUAUAGAGAAUGGAAACUAUGCAAGAGCAGCAAGAAUUGCAGCAGAAGUUGGGCAAACCAAUAUGUGGGUUUCCUCCAGCGCAACAGCAGCUUUUCUUGAACCUUUAAAAGUGGUUUGGGCCAAAUGCAGCGGAUAUCCUUCUUAUCCAGCAUUGAUAAUUGACCCGAAGAUGCCACGCGUAGGUUGUCAUCAUAAUGGUGUUGCAAUACCAGUACCUCCAAUGGAUGUGCUAAAAACAGGAGAUCAGAUGCAAACAAGAGCUGAUGAAAAAUUAUUUUUGGUUCUAUUCUUUGACAAUAAAAGGAGCUGGCAGUGGUUGCCUAAAUCCAAAAUGGUUCCUCUUGGGAUUGAUGAGACGAUUGACAAGUUAAAAAUGAUGGAAGGACGCAACUCAAGUAUUCGAAAGGCUGUGAAAGUUGCCUAUGAUCGUGCCUUGAACCAUUUAAACAGAGUUCAAGUUGACUCAGUUAGUGAUUUCAGUGACAUUGACUAAUGCAAGGUGCUACCAGGACACAACAUGCCUCAUGUACUCUUAAGCUUUACUUCUAACCUCUUGCUCUGAAAGAAUGUAUUGAAGAUACAAUACCUAAUUAUUGACUGAGUUGAGAUGCUCUGUAAUAGAGCAUGAAUCCAUUGCUGCCGUUUUGAUGAUUUUGUCUAAUUCUUCUGGAUUGGAGGAGCUUCCACUAAAGUUAUUAAAUGUCAUGUUUAUAGUGUUCAUAAUCUGUACAUAAAUGUAUAUUGGGAAACACUUAACUUAUUCAAACUUUGAGCUAGUUCUUAAACUCCCCUCUAGGCUUUGUGUUGCGUUUUGUUUUUUAUUUGAGCUAAGGUUAGAAAUUUUAAAUGUUUUUUUUUUUAAUUUUUGUUUUAUUUUUUUUAAAGUUAAAACAAAUUUUGUACCUUAGCAUCACUUGAUGUACAUGUGUUUUCUAAUACACCACAUGACUGGAAAAAUACUGUCUAUAUAUUUAAUCUCCUGCUACAUAGCAUGUCCAUUUUUGUUAUCGUUUGACUACUAUAAUUGAACAAUUUUAAUUGAUAUUUACCAUGCAAAAAAAAAAAAAGUAUAAUAUGCUAUGAAAAAUUCAUGAAUUUUUAUUUUAAUAGAACAAUCCACUGAUAUAUUGAUCCUGUUAUUUUUAUAUAUUAUUUGCAA